CCGUGUGUCAGAGGCCCUGUACUGAUCACAUGUCAUGGAGAUCCUCCGCCAUCUCACAGGGCAGAACCUUGCCUCCUGGCCUUUCCAUGCACCGCCCCCAUCUAGCGCUCCGCCGCCUCCCCAGGACCUCUGCCCAGCUCCGCUCUGUGGGCAUAAAUUUCCUCACCUUCGCUGCGUCCAUCCAGUCCGAAGGCUGCAGAGCAGGCAGACCAGGCGGGAGCUGGUGCCCAAGGCAAGCGGAGACCUUAUUCACAGUGUGGGAGGAUGUGGCUGUACCUGGCCGCCCUGCUGGGGCUGUAUUUCCUGUGCCGAUGGUACCGGGAGCGGCAGAUUGUGGAGAACCUCCGAGAGAAAUACGUCCUGAUCACUGGCUGCGACUCCGGCUUCGGGAACCUGCUGGCCAAGCAGCUGGACGUGCGGGGCCUGCGGGUGCUGGCGGCUUGUCUCACUCAGCAGGGCGCGGAGCAGCUGAGGAAGGUGACGUCGGAGCGGCUGCAGACAGUGAUCCUGGACGUCACCCGCACCGACAGCAUCGCCGCGGCCACCGCCUGGGUGAAGGAACGAGUGGGGGACAAAGGGCUCUGGGGCCUGGUGAACAACGCGGGGGUUGCCCUCCCCCUGGUCCCCAACGAGUGGCUGACCAAGGACGACUUCGUCAGGGUGCUGGAUGUGAACCUGAUCGGCCUGAUCGAGGUGACCCUCAGCUUCCUGCCCCUGGUGAAGCGAGCCAGGGGCCGGGUCGUCAACAUGGCCAGUAUCCUGGGCCGGUUGGCUUUCUACGGAGGGGGCUACUGCCCGUCUAAGUACGGCGUGGAGGCGUUCUCUGACAGCCUCAGGCGCGAGCUCCGGCCCUUUGGCAUGAAGAUCGCCAUCGUGGAGCCGGGCUAUUUCCGCACGCCCAUAAGCGAUAUGCAGCGUCAUCUGGAGUGCCUGGAGCAGAGCUGGCGCAAUGCCCGCCCUGAAGUCAAGGAGAGCUACGGGCAGCACUACUUCGACAGCUGCCACAAGCUCACCAGAGAGAUACUCACGACAAAGCCCAGCACCAACCUCUACCUGGUCACCGACUGCAUGGAGCACGCGCUGAUGUCCUGCCACCCCCGCACCCGCUACUCCGGGGGCUGGGACGCCCAGUUCUUCUACAUCCCCCUCUCCUACCUGCCCACGGCCUUGGCGGACUGGGUGCUGACCUGGGGUUGGCCCCGCCCAGCCCAGGCUGUGUAAGUGGGGGGAGGCACCUAAGGGGGCAUUGCAGGGGGCGGAAGAGGAAGAGGCUGGGAAAUCCAGCAGGACACAGGUGCAAAGAGCAGCUUGGCCCGUCUGCAUCAGCCGGGGCGGGAGGGGGCAUCUGCACUGGAAUCGGUGCCAGCCCCGCCCGCACCGUGCAGAUGAGCACAGCUUCCAGCAGCACCUUCUUAAACGGGACUGGAUCCUUCUGGUGAGUUGUUCAGGGCCAGCUCACUUCCCAGGCACGUGGCUGGGAGGUGCAGGCUCUCACCGGCUGUGGAAAGGCAGCGCGAAAGCAGCCGGGGCCGCUACAGCCUUCAGCCCCGGCCGGCCCUUACCAUCGCAGGCAGCUCAGCGAAUGCCCAGGCCAAGGCAGCGCACCGCACCCCUGAACCUGUUUGCUUAAAGGCCCAUUUCCUUGUGCUGCCCCGACUGCCUGCCUCCACUGAUGCCUCUUCCUUAGAUUGGAGGCUUCUUGGGGCAGGGCGUCUCUCUUUGUUUUGUGUUCGUACGGCACCUAGCAUUGGGUAGGGGCUGCUCCCGGACUGAGCCCCUGGUGGGGGUGGAGGGGUGCCACCAUCAUACACUGAAUAAAGAAAUAUUUCCCAUUGA